UCAUACGAGUGUGAAUUCUCGGUUGACACUCGGUUCGCUCUCGGUGUGAGUGAAUGAUACAUAAUACAUAGCACAAGAGCAGUCAGCAAUGAGCUAUGCGAACUUUGUAAAGCGCAUUAAGAUUAAGUAAUAAUUUUUACUUGUGUCUCGUUUUUCGUCGAUAGCUAAUGGUAAAAAAUAACGAAGACGAUUACCAGUUUUUUUUCUACCACCACUGUGUCUCUAUCAAAAGUCUUCUUUCAAAUUUUGGUAUCAACAGCAGAUUUUGUCAAAGCUUCUUCGGUGAUCUGUAAAAAUGAUAUCGAGCACACCGACUUGAUUGGAUUAUAAUGACAGCGAAAUUCAGGGUUAAUGAGUAUGCGUGAAAUAAUAGUCAGGUAUUGAACAUACGUUUCGGAAAUUUUCUGAUGUCAAUUGGAACAAAUCAGAUCGAAUUUACGUUCGGGAGUAACUUUGCGCAUUUAGUUAUGUAGCUUCAUUAAAACAAGUUAACAUUUUACUUCCUCGAUAUCUUGAACAAUGUUCCGAAGUCGCAGUUGGUUCGGAGGAGGUCUCUGGAGGCCGAAAAAUCCACAUUCUCUUGAACAUCUUAAGUACUUGUACAAUGUUUUAUCAAAGAACCAAACAGUAUCGGAAACCAAUAGAGGCUUAUUGGUGGAAACUUUGCGAUCGAUAGCUGAAAUAUUAAUUUGGGGAGAUCAAAAUGACAGCAGUGUUUUUGACUUUUUUCUGGAAAAAAAUAUGCUGUCAUUUUUCCUGCGAAUUAUGAAACAAAAGUGUGGCAGCUACGUGUGUGUUCAGUUACUGCAAACACUCAAUAUUUUGUUUGAAAAUAUUAGAAAUGAAACCUCAUUAUAUUAUUUAUUGAGUAAUAAUCAUGUUAACAGUAUAAUAGUGCACAAGUUUGAUUUUAGUGAUGAAGAAGUGAUGGCUUACUAUAUAAGUUUUCUCAAGACAUUAAGUUUGAAACUAAAUGCGCACACUAUUCACUUUUUCUAUAACGAGGUAAACAAGCAUACAAAUGAUUUUCCAUUAUAUACAGAAGCUAUCAAAUUUUUCAAUCAUUCUGAGGGUAUGGUUCGCAUUGCUGUCAGAACUCUUACCCUCAAUGUAUAUCGAGUUGAAGAUGCAUCAAUGCUCAGAUUCAUUCGUGACAAAACAGCAGCUCCAUAUUUUAGCAAUCUUGUAUGGUUCAUUGGCAAUCAUAUUCUUGAACUAGAUACAUGUGUUCGAACUGAUGCUGAUCACCAGAGUCAAAAUAGAUUAGCAGACUUAGUGGCUGAACAUUUGGAUCAUCUCCACUAUCUGAAUGAUAUUUUAUGCCUUAAUAUAGAAGACUUGAACAAAGUUUUAUCAGAGCACUUAUUGCAUAAGUUACUUGUUCCUUUGUAUGUCUAUUCAUUAACUAGACGUAAAGAUUUAUUGUGCGAUAAUUACGAGGAUCGCAAAUACGUUAGUACAGUGGUGGCACUUUUCCUGCUAUCCCAAGUAUUUCUAAUCAUAUCCCACGGUCCAUUAGUAAAAACCCUUGCAGCUGUGAUUCUAAAAUCAAACGUUGAGAUAAUAAAGAGUGGUGCAAGCAAAGUAUUAGAAGAGUUCGAAGAAAUCGUAUCCAACGAAACCGUUGCCUUUUUACCACCCAAGGAGAGCUUAGAAAAAUCCCUCGAGUGCGCAUCGGACUCUCGGGGCGAUCCAUCCAAACUAGCCGACGUCCAAGAGGAAGAAAACGAGAACGAAGACGCAACAGAUGUAAAAAGCGACGAAUCAAAUAAUAUAAAAGUCGACGAAGAAAUCGUGGCUGAGGCUGAAAAAUCAAAAGAUAACACUGAACGUGAUGGUGCAAAAUUGGAGUUGGGAGCCUCCUCGAACGCCGAAGGUAGCCCGGCAAGGAGCGAAUCUAGCAAAACCGACGCUACCAGCGAAACAGUCGCAAAGGAAAUAAAAUAUUUAAGCGUAUCGGACGAGGAAAAAGAGCAGAGGUUGGCUCUCGAGGGUCCACUAAACGUCGAUAGAAUCGAUAUCACGCCGGAAGAGGAAUCGGUAUCGAAUAAACCAUUCCUUGAAGCUAUUUUGAAUUCUUUAUACUGUCAGGAAAACGAUUAUGCAGCUUUAUUCGCUUUGUGCAUUCUGUAUGCCCUAGCAAAUAAUAAGGAAGUACAUUCGGAGUCUCUGGGAUUUUCAUUAGCACCAAAUAAGUCAUCGGUAAAAAAUCGUUACAAUGAAACAUUGAUCGAUAAAAUCAUUCACAUCAUAACUCUGAGCUGUCAAUCAGGUGCCAAAGUUCGACUGGUUACACUCGAACUUGCGAUAAAGCUACUGCUUCAUCUCGUUAUCUGCGACAACGAGAGUAUCCUCCAAGACUGUCAUCUGGCGGCGAUCGAGGCCGCCAAAGAGCAGAGCACGGCGCUACUUCGGAAUUUUUAUAAGAGCGAGGAUAUAUUUUUAGACAUGUUCGAGGACGAGUACGGUGAGAUUCAAAAGAAGCCACUGAAGGUGGAGUGGCUGAUGAUGGACAGUAAUAUUCUUUUACCUCCUACGGGGACACCUAUGACAGGCAUUGAGUUUAGCAAAAGACUGGCUUGUGGAGAGGUCGAACGAGCUCGUCGGGCGAUCAGAGUAUUUUUUUUAAUCCGAGAAUUAUCGUUGACCCUCUACAACGAGGUCGAGAAUCAAUUGCCUCUCACGAAUCCCGGCAGCUGCGUCCAAGUCAACAACGUUUUAGAUCUAAGUAACUAUAUGUACAACAGCGAUCUGAUCGCUUGCACCGUCGUCUGGAAGGAUGGCCAGAAGAUCCGACGAUUUUUGGUGAUCGACUCGAUACAGCUGAUCCUCGUGGAGCCGGACGCGCGCAAACUCGGCUGGGGUAUCGCCAAAUUCGUGGGUUUCCUCCAGGACAUCGAGGUGGUGGGCGACAAGGACGACUCGCGAUGCCUGCACCUGACCAUUCACAAGCCCUCGUGCAGCGGCACGAGCAACAAAGUCCCGCUGCUCUCGGCCAAGUUCAUAUUCGACGAUCACAUUCGCUGCAUGGCGGCCAAGCAGAGGCUCACUAAAGGCCGGAUAAAGGCGAGACAGAAAAAGAUGACUCAGAUCGCCAAGCUUCUCGAUAUUCCUACCAGUACGCCCCAGUGCUCGACGCCGACCAAUUAUUCUCUGAUCUCUCUACGCGACAGAACAGCAGCAGGUGGUCGAGCGCCGCAUCAUCGUUCGUCGUCGAUGAAGGAUCAGCAGCAGCAGCUGCAGCAGCGACUGUUCCAAGUGAACAAGGUACCCGGCUUCGCGGCUCAGAUGCGCCGCGACAGCUACGCCAACAAAUCCCUGGGCUCCUCCUCGAGCGGCGGUGGCGGCGGCACGACGAGUCUGCGUCACGUCGACCGGAGCCCGACGGGUCGCGUGUCGUCCCAGGAAGGGGGCAGCGGCGCGCGUACCCGCGAGAAUUCCCCGAAACUGCCGAGGCCCCGAAGCGAGGAGAUACCGCUGGAGGACAUGAGAUUGAGGAAGACCUCGUUGACGUCGAACUCGUCGAGUCAGCAGGAUGACAAGGACUCGGCCGCGGUGACGAUGCAAGCGGCUGCUACGACUUCGGCUGGAAUCGUUACCGGUCAAAAUAGUGGAAGCAGCAGCAACAGCAGUACCGCUAGUGGACAGAUGGUCGAGGCGGCCUCGACGAGCCGCAGCAGCAGUAGAAGAUCCGAGGAGACGUCGUUCAUGGAGAGGCAAAGCAGCAGCAGCAGCCAUCAUCGCGAGAGCCGACCGCGCAGAAAGGGCCAGGUCGAGACCGUCUGAUAGUCGGAGGAUGAUAAGCCCCCCGAGUGGGCUUAUCGCUGGUACUUUUUGUAGACGAUUCGAUUCUACGCCUUCGAGAACUUUUUAUUAUUAUUAUAAAUGACGACAGUUUAGUCUGUGAGUGGCUAUUAUAAAAUAAGUGUUCAAAAACACCGUCGAUUGCAAAAAUGCCAAAAUGAGAAACUUAUACGAAUGAUAAUCUGAAUAAUUGAGUGAUCGUUGAUUGAUAAUAAUUGUACAUAUCUCUAUACAUCGUUAAUAAAAAAAAAGUUAUUUUCAUGAUAAACGAACGUUUUUAAAAAAUAUAUCACGUGUUUGAUACAUUUUCCAAGAUAUCC